CAUAAACAAAAAAGUUACAAAUUUAAAAAAAUUUUACUUUAUAUUCCUUAUUAUUUUUCAUCAAGAAAUUCGAAUUUUGAAUGACUGGGCGGGAAAAAUAUUUUACGAGACAUAUUUUGAGACGAGGAGAUGGUUUAGAAUGCCCAAACGAAGGGUCUUCCUGCUUGAGUGAGUAAAUUCUCGCCUUAUGUCUUACCUAUAUCUGGCAAAUAUAUUAGAUAUGUGCGUUCAUUGGCUGAGACUUGCAUUGCGGGGUUUCCUUAGAGGCUAAGCUGUAGAUCUGAGGGUAGUAUUAAACUGUCUUUAAACAGUUCUCUCUGGGCACUGACUGGUAUCUUCAUGUAGUACCAUCACACCAACAAUGAAUGACUCUCACUGGACCUCUAGGGAGAUCUGCUUACAACUCAUAGAGCUAUCCAGUAUAAAUAAAGUUAGUUAUACCGUGUAUGUAUUGCACAGUACUGUAUUGUACCACAGUUCAUAAACAUUAAGUGUGUACGUUUAGUAAACCUUCUGGUGUCUCAAGGUGAAGAAAAUGUCUUAUUUGAAGAUAAAGAUACUGAAUGGCUUGUUGGACAAGGUACUGGAUAGUUAUGCCUUUCAAUAUUAUCAACAUAACCAUUCAACUUGGAUGGUUAUGCCUUUGAAUAUUAUCAGCAUAACCAUUCAACUUGGAUGCAUGGUUAUAUCUUUCAAUAUUAUCAGCAUAACCAUUCAACUUGGAUGGUUGAAUGUUAUCAGCAUAACCAUUCAACUUGGAUGGUUAUGAAAAAGUUAAUCAUAACCAUGGUUCACAUUAAUCAAUUUAAUCAAAAAGAGCAAGCGUGGGGCCCAUGGCAUAUGGUUAAUCCAGCACUUGUUCUGUCUAAUGCCAGAUGAUUUUACUCAUUAAGGGGGCACUCAAUGGGUUAUAUAAUUGAUAUUUGAAUAUAUACUCUGGAGUCAGUUAGAUUCAAGCCAUUGGGUGCCCCAUUUGAGGUCUGUGGUUUAACCACAGGUUUAACUGUAUAUAUUGCCUUCAUACUUCAGAUUCAGGUUAUGUUUCGGAAAUUGUGAACGAAUGUUUGGAAGAAAUGCAUGCUGGGGAGGUUUGCAGAAUAUCAAUUCAUCCUUGUCAGGAACUUCAGGAUCAUUUAAAGAAAUUUAAGACAUCAGAAAAACUUGCUGCUGAUUAUCAAAUAGAGUUAAUUUCAUUUGAGAAGGUAGUAUUAUACGUGGUUCAAAAUAUUUCCAUGUCCAUGCUAUAUGUUGUCAAUCGAAUAGGGAUACCUUCCUUUGACUCUCUCCUCUGCAGAGCCUCCUUAAGUAAUUACAAAUAACUAACAUGAAGUUUCCUGAAUAAAACUGAGCGCCUGCAGAGUGAUGAGAAGAUUGAAAGCUCUUCCCAUCACUCCUUGCGUGCUGACUUUUCCCUCACUAGAAACUUCAUGUAAGCCCCUGAGGAGAGAGUUCCUUUGAUAUUAUGUAUUUGAAAAACGAAAUACGAAGAUAACAUUGCAAAUACAUCUAUUUUCCAUUCAUUCACAUAAGGGACAAUGUGUUAGGAUCCGAACGCACCUUCAGAGACAUGUGGGAAAUGGGAAUGACACUAAAUACACUCUAGCUAUACGGUAAAUGCGUUCUGUGCGUUCCGUACGCAUUUCACGCGCGUGUCACGGUUACGCGUUCUGUGUGCGUCAUGUACGAAAAUCGCUUCCAGAUUGAGUCUGAAGAGUAUGCGCAUAAUAUGCGUAACAUAAUAUUUGUAGCGCAGUUUGUAAUCAUUCAAUUUCAACAUUUUAUCACGCAGGUCAAAAACAGCUGGGAGUUAACAUUUGAAGAAAGAUGCAGCUAUGCAUUGGAGCAGAAAGCGAAAGGAACAAGAUAUCACAAAGUGCAGUAGAAUUCAUAAAAACGUGAUUAUUAUCACAUGUUAUGUUGAUCGCAUGUUCAUCUCAUGUACAUAUACUGAUUAAUUAAAAAUGUGAAUAUCCUAUCUUCGAUUCAGGCAGGUCUGUGGUUGUUUGCAGCCAGGCAUUACAGCAAAGCUUUAAAGAGUCUUAUUUUGGCUAGAUGUCAGCUGCCAAGUGAUAAAAAUAAUGAUGACUUUUGUGAGUGAUGGCUUUAUAUUGAGGGGCGCUUUCCAUUAACACGGCCAGAACGGUCAAAUUAUUGAAUGAAACACAACACGUUUGGAAUUCGGACCUAUCUGACCGGAAAAGUUUAGAUAAAAUUAGAAUGAGGUUCAUUUCGCUAGAUAUUUGAGAAACAUAGACCAGAUCUUUCCAUUGAUACAGAGAAAAGAAUUUGGGUCUGACCAGUCAGGACCUGAAUCAUGAUACUGAUGACCUGGUGGUUCUAAAUGAUCAGAAUACAGUAAAAAUAUUGGAAAUAUAUUCAUAGAUCUUCUCCAAGUGCAGUGUCACUCAAAUCUCGCGGCUUGUCAGUUAAAGUUGGAAAGAUAUCAACAUGUUCUAGAGAAUUGUACCAAGGUAUAUAAUGCGCUGCCCAUACUACUCAACUAACUUUAGGUGGUACUUGAUAGUAUUCUACAAUAAGCUAUCGUUGUGUGUGUCUGAACUACCAUAAAAGGUUAAAAACACUUCAUAGUCUAGAGAGCAAGGUUGUACUAACCGUCAUACGAAAUGCCAUCGCACAGAAUCCUUUUCGGGUAGUUCAGACACAAAUUACGAGAGCUAUACAUUUAUACGUCUAAAAUUCGUUGUAGGUUAUUCAGAUGGACUCCGCUAAUAUCAAGGCAUUUUACAGACGAGCUCAGGUAAGCACAUCGACCGUAUAGUUGUUUAGAAUUCUACCUAGUUACAGUACACCCCAGAUUUGAUAAAACAUGAUUGAUCAUAUGUAAUUGUAUAAUGUUUAACGUCCUAAGCCUAGCUAAUGUGCAAUUUUGUCUCCCGCUAUAUAGGCAUGCAUCGCUCUCAAUGAUUUUGAUGAAGCAACCUCUGAUCUAAAAAAGGUGAGAUGAUCCUUACUGGAUCUCUGGGGAGAAAAGUUAUAGAACUAUAAUUUAGGUUUCCUCCUGUAGUAACAGUGGAUCUGUAAGAGAAGAUCCCUCAUCCCAACUCGCAAAUAACAUUAGUUUAGGUUUUUCUUUUGUAUAUAUAAUAACACUGGAUCAAUAAGUUUAGGGACGACUCUUACUGGACCUCUAGGAAAAACGGCGUAGAACUGAUAGCGCUAUAUCCAGUAUGAAUAAAGUUAGUUUAGUUUAGAUUUCCUCUUGUAGUAACACUGGAUCAAUAAGAGAUAAUUGACUCUUACUGGAUCUCUAGGAAGAACAGUUUAGAACUGAUAGAGCUAUCCAGUAUGAAUAAAGUUAGUUUAGUUUUUUAAAGUAUAUGUUCUCCCUUAACCAGGCAUUACUUCUUGACCCAAAAAACAGAGAAGUCUUACAGUUGAAGAAACAACUGAGUGAGAAAAUACAACUACACGAUCAGGCGACAGCUAAAGCUAUGGGGAAAAUGUUUCGGAAUUAACCAUGCAAUGAUGGCGUAGACAGUCUAUAUAGGCAAUUGACCAUUCACUGGCCAUUUAUGCAUAUAUGUGGUGAAAAUUUUGCUAAUGAAAGAACAAACUUGUCGGUGUGCCAACAGAGAUAUCAGCUUCGAUGCAAUGCAAAAUAAUAAUCAUUAAAACGUACUCCACUAAUAAGACUGUAUGUGAAGAUUUUAAAAUGUGAACCUUUCUUUGUACUAAAUAAUUUUGUAAACUAUAAGAAAUAAAGAAAAUUGUGUGAAAGCAUUUAAAACUGAAAUAGUAUAGUAAACAUAUGUGUGCAUGCUAAUCUAAUUAAAC